CCGAGCAAGUAUGUACACUCAUGAGUGUGGUGAUCCUAUGUACUAGUAUAGUAGUCUAGUACGUAUGUGAGGUGAUGGAGGGGAGCUUCCUUGACAACUCACACACUCAUGAACAUAGACUAUAGUUGCCUCACUCUCUCGACUAUUCAACAAGUGACUGAUUGCAUUGAGAGCAAGCUCUAGACUCACUUUCCCUCACAUUUCCAGUGAUAACAAAAUAAACGACGUGUGAUCAAAGCCGGUUUUACUCAUCCGUGUCCUUCAAAUACUGUGUGGCCAAGAUUGUGCAUGCGUCCGUGCGUGCGUGAAGAAUUCUUCAAAGAGAGGAAAGCCAAUGGCUUCCUGCGCCGCCAAUCCUUCUGUGCGGAGCGGGAUUUAAUGGUGCCAUCCGCUCAUUGACGUGUUCUAUCCUGGCACACAUGCGUAUUUAACCACAGCCACACAACCAUAAAGCCAUGGAUAGUUUGGAUCUCGUAACCAUCAUCACGUAUAUAUGUGGGAUUUUGGGGGGCAUUCUCCUAGUCCUGUGCAUAGUAUUAGCGUUCUUGUUCAUCGUGGUGCAGUGCAAGGCCUAUUUCUGCCCCCGGGAUUCACAAUAUUCCGUGGUGCCCAUUGCUCAAAAUGGUGUGGCCAUUGAGAACGGAUUCAACAGUAAAAAGGGAUACGUUCCAGGAGAUGAUCCCCAUCAAGAACCACUUCUCAGCCUUAUGGACGAGUCAGGAAAUGCCCGAAAGAAUGGCAAAAAGCCACGAAUCAUCAGAUCUCAGCAUGAAAACCACUCUCAGCCCCCGGUGAAGAAGAAGCUGUUGUGGAAAAAGGGCCGAAAGAAGAGCAUCACUCGGAUGCCGGCCAAACAAACCAAUGAAGAUGAGAAGGUCGAGUUUAGCGAUGAAGAUCUGGACGUGCCUCGGGAUCGAAUAUUCCGCAAGAACCCCAAUGUCAUUCGAUUCAAGUCAAGGAGCAAAUCCGAUUGGGAUAUCCAUGACAUGCCCGGUGAAUCUCCGAUAAAUAGUUCGGAAGAGGAUUUUGCUGCGUACACACGAAACCUUCGAUUACUACAAAACGGUGAGGAAGUUGGACUGAGCCAAUACUUUGACGCUUUGGAGACCAUCAACGAGGUUACUGAGGGCGAGGAGGAAGCCCCCGAGUUUCUCUCGGACAAGGAUAAGGACCCAACACCACUCCUCCGCCCCCACGCCCAACUCAUGCGGUUCCGGUCCCAAGCUGCCUCAGAUCAGGACUCAGGAGAGUGGGAGGAUAUCAUUACCCUAGAGGAGAUCCCGGAGGAGUCCAGCUCCAUCCAGAUGAAGAGAUUUCUCAAUGAUAGCGAAAAUCAUCAUCGAAGACGCUCACAAGAUCCGCAAGUUAGGCGCAGACUAAAGGCUCUUCAUCGGCUCCAACUCCAAAGUGUGGCCUUGGAGGCCCAAUUCUACCGAGACGUGGCCAAGAUUGAGGCUAACUACAUGACAGGCCAAACAAAGACCAAUCAUAGUAAACUCCGGAAUUUGAUCAAUGGGAAGAAAUCGAAGUUCCCGGAUGGAAUCCCACGUUUUUGGUUGUUGGCGCUGAAGCAUUCCGAGACUUUGGGCACCAUUAUCCAAGGUUAUGAUGAGCCCGUUCUAGAGCAUCUGGUAGACAUUCGUAUUCGACCCUUUGGGCAGAUGUUGACGAAGAAAGAUCGGUUUGGUUUUGCUUUGGAUUUCGAGUUUGAGCCUAACGAGUAUUUCAGCAACGAAAUCCUUACCAAGGAGUAUGAAGUCCGUUGUAGGCCCAAUAUCCAUCAUCCAUUCAGUUUCGAAGGUCCGGAGAUUUCCAAUUGUACUGGGUGUAAAAUCCAUUGGGAACGGGGCAAGAAUGUGACCCUGAAGGCCGUGAAGAGAGUCAGAGAUGGCGACGUGGUCCAGAAAUGGGCCAAACGCAACAGCUUCUUCAACUUCUUCACGCCACCCAUCCUCACCAAGGACGUUUUAAAGGACCAACAAAAGGCCAAAUUACUGCAGGCCCACUUCGAGAUCGGGCUCCAUUUCAAAGAAACUUUCAUACCAAACUCGGUUGGGUUCUUCCUGGAUUGGAAUAAAGCAGCCCAACAAUCACCUGAUGAGAGCAUUCAUCAAACCCGUCGAAAGAGAAUCCAGAGUGACCGUGGUGGAACCCAUUUAAAGACGGUCAAACCUAAGCCCAAAAUAAAUCUGGGUGGCUCCACAGUCAAGCCCAAUGAUCCCAAGCCAAUGGGUUCGUACACGGAAUCCGAGGUAUCCAUUGCCUCACAACCUCAGGCAGAGGGUGUCGAAGCCAAACCCAAGGAUCUGCCCUCUCAACCAUCGGAACCUGAUCCCAUUAUUGGCCGCUAUAGGAUGACCUCGUCAGAUGGCUUUGAUGAGGUGCUCCGGGAACUCGGUGUGGGACUUAUGAAGCGCAAAAUGGCGAAUUCCGUCACUCCAAUCAAUGUGAUAGAAAUCGACGAGGAGGGGACUUACGUAAUCAAGACAGAGACCACUUUGAGAACCACCGAAAUUCGCUUCAAGAUGGAGGAAACUUUCAUCGAAGUGACUCUUGAUGGCAGGACCACGCAUACCUACCCAACCAGGAAGGGUAAUGUCAUUCAUUUGGAUCAGAGAGGUGACCCAAUUAAAAAGGAAAAGGAUUCUGUGAUGAUUCGGGAUUUCCAAGGUGACAUCAUGCACAUGCAAAUCAUUGUGGGCCAAGUUGUUUGUAAACGUGUUUACGAACGAAUCAAGGAAGACUAACACUCUUUUUCUACAUUCUCCCUAAACCCUCUUUUGUACUAACGCGACUCUUUAUGGAGCUUGUUUGGUAUUGAAUUCAGUCACUGUUUUACACGCACUUAAAUACAAUUGAUGUUUUGAUUAUA